AUGACGGAUAAUAGCAGUGCACCCAUCGACUUACGUAUUAAACGUAAACGUGAUGAUAUUGACGAGUAUAAAUCAUCGACAAGAAAGAGACCUCGAAAUAACAAUAAUACUGAAUAUGAAAUUCCACUUGAUUUAUCUAUUAAACCUCAACCACCAGAACAGCACUCCGUAUUUAAUUCAAUGACGGCAGCAUCAACAUCAAUGCCUUUCUAUGAUCCAACUAAUCUUCUAUUUAAUUCAUCAGCACUACUCUAUGAUUUAUUCUUAGCAAAUUUAAAUUCCUAUUAUCAACAACAGCAACAGCAACAGCAACAACAGCAGCAGCAGCAGCAGCGUGCCAAUAUUGAAUCAACAUCAGCACCCAUACCGAAAUCAAUUAAACAACAAACAAUAAAUUCAUCUCGUAUUAUAAAAGAUAAUUCAAUAACUAAACAAGAAUCCUACGCAUGUUCUUGCGGUGAAAAAUAUUCCAAUGUAGCACAUCUUGUUAGCCAUCUUAAAAUAACAAAUCAUAAUGCACAAUUAUCUUCUACACAUGAUGAAGUUGCUAAACUUGUUCGUGGUCAAGAUAUUUGGCUUUCACGUGAUACCAAUCCGGCUAAUCAAAUUUUAAAAUGUCUUCGUUGUUCAUUAUCAUUUGAAACGUUACCUGAUUUAACAGCACAUAUGAUGAAGACAAAUCAUUUUACACAACUUUUACCUUCACCAGCAGCAACAACAACAACAGCAGUAACAACAUCCUCCUCCUCGUCGUCACCAUACCAUCAUUCCAAUUCAAAACCACUACCAUCACAACAACAUUCACCAUCAAAACUCAUCAAUUCUUCUUCGUUAAUUCGUUCAACAUGUCUUAUUUGUUCACAACAGUUUGCACGUGAAGUUGAUCUUGUUGAUCAUAUUCAACAUUUUCAUCAAAUACGUUUUAAUUGUACAACAUGUGGAAUGUAUUUCGAAAAUGAAAGUCUUUAUAAAGAACAUAUUUUAAAAGAAAUGCAUCAUAGAAAUGGAAAAGCUAAUCGAAAUCGAGAUUAUUUUCUUAAUCAAUGUAAAACUUUACAAAAACGAGCAUUAACCAUUACGAAACCUGAACGACCGAAAUCUCGAUUAUUAAUUGAUAAAGAAAUUGAACAAGUUAUAUUAGAUUUAAUUGAUCGUGUUGUUCAAAAAUAUGAAGAAUCAAAAGAAUCGACAACAACGACAACAACAACAACAACAACAACAACAAGUGCUAAUGCACUUUCACUUCUACAAAAUUUCGUAAUUAAACAAACUCCAUCAUCUAAUCGACAAUCAGAUUUAAAUAAUAAUUAUGACGAUGAAAAUACAAAUUUAUCUCAUAGUGAAAAAUCUUUAUCUGCAAAUCUCUAUCAUCAUGAAAAACUUUCAAAUAAUAUCUCUUUAAAAUCUAACGAGAGUCCAUUGGUAUCAUUAGAAAAAAUGCUUUCGUAUCCCACAACAACAAUUCAAUCUUUGUCAUCAACUAUAAAUGAUAAUGGAACAAUGCCAAAUCUAUCAAAUAAUUCAAUAAUGACAAUAAAGAAAAAAAAGUUUGAUAAGUAUAGAUUAUUUGCGGAAAAAAUGCUGCGAUCUACGUUGUCAUAA